ACCACCUCCCUCUCACACAAAGCAUUUCAAAAAAUCCAAGAUCCGAAAUCCGAAAUCGAAUCAAAAUGUCGGGUCGGGGCAAGGGCGGUAAGGGUUUGGGCAAAGGCGGGGCCAAGCGCCACAGGAAGGUCCUCCGCGACAACAUCCAGGGCAUCACCAAGCCGGCCAUCCGCCGUCUGGCUCGCCGUGGCGGCGUCAAGCGUAUCAGUGGCCUCAUCUACGAGGAGACACGUGGCGUCCUCAAGAUCUUUCUGGAGAACGUCAUCCGCGAUGCCGUGACGUACACCGAGCACGCCAGGAGGAAGACGGUGACGGCCAUGGAUGUGGUGUACGCGCUCAAGAGGCAGGGCAGGACUCUCUACGGGUUCGGCGGUUAGGGUUAGGGUUUGGGAUUUGGGAAAUUUGUAAAGGGAAUGGGGCUGAUUUCGCUGGUGGUUGGAUUAGGGUUUCUUUUUUUGAUGAAGUAAUUGGAAUUCGAUGUUGUUUAGGCUGAUUUUGAAUGAAGAAUCUACUUGCUUCUUUUACCUGUA